CAGCCUGGCGGUGGCCGGCCGCAGGAGCUCCACGUCCUCUUCUCCCUCCCCAACACCCUAAUCCACUCCAUUUCCCUGCUCCGAACACGGCACGGCUCCUCUCCCACUCCCAUCCUCCUCUCUCCAAUGGCGCUCGCCUCCACCACCGCCUCCCGGCUCAUCAGCCGCCGCCUCGCCGCUCCCCUCCCGCCUCUUCCUUCCUCUUCCUGCGCCGCGCCGCGAGGAGGAGCCAGGGCAGGGCCGCGCCGGUUCGCGGUGCGCUGGGAGGGCAGGCCGAGGGCGCUCCUGGGAGGAUUUUCCGACGCCGACGAAGAUGCAAGCGACGACGAGGACGAGGAGGAUGGCCCCGGCGCGCUUAGCGGUGGGCCGCCGAGGCAGGAGCAGGAGUGUGAGGACGUCAUCGAGCUCGCCGCCGCUGCCUUCUCCGGGCCCGAGCGCUGGGACGUGCUCGGACUCGGCCAGGCCAUGGUUGACUUCUCAGGCAUGGUGGAUGAUGAAUUCCUCGAGAGACUGGGCAUAGAGAAGGGUACUAGAAAAGUCGUUAACCAUGAGGAGAGGGGACGGGUCUUGCGUGCCAUGGAUGGCUGCACCUACAAGGCCGCUGCCGGAGGCUCACUGUCCAACUCGCUUGUGGCUCUAGCAAGGCUUGGUAGUAGUCGGGCCAGCAGCUACCCUGAGCUUAGAAUAGCAAUGGCCGGCAGUGUGGGCAGUGACCCACUUGGUAGUUUCUAUAGGCAAAAGUUGCAUCGUGCGAAUGUGCAAUUCUUGUCCAAGCCGGUCAAAGAUGGGACUACUGGGACCGUGAUUGUUCUAACAACUCCAGAUGCACAGCGAACUAUGCUUGCAUACCAGGGUACAUCUUCAACUUUGGCUUACGAUUCGGAUUUGGCAGAGAUAGUAUCCAAGUCAAAUCUACUGAUAGUGGAAGGGUACCUAUUCGAAUUUAGUCAUACAAUUGAAGCCAUCAAGCAGGCAUGUGAAGAUGCUAAGAAGAAUGGUGCACUUAUUGCUGUUUCGGCAUCAGAUGUGUCAUGCAUCAAGCGUUGCCACAGUGAUUUUUGGGAUAUCGUAGGAAACUAUGCAGACAUACUGUUUGCCAAUGCCAACGAAGCAAGGGCAUUCUGCGAGCUAACCUCGGAAGAGAGCACCGUGUCAGCGGCGAGAUACUUGAGCCAUUCUAUCCCUCUAGUGUCUGUUACCGAUGGUAUGCACGGUUCCUACAUUGGUGUGAAAGGCGAAGCAAUAUACAUCCCUCCGCCGGCCUGUAUACCUGUGGACACCUGCGGAGCUGGUGAUGCAUAUGCAUCAGGAAUCCUGUACGGUAUCCUCCGGGGCGCAUCAGACUUGAAGGGCAUCGGCCUGCUGGCUGCGCAGGUAGCUGCUGUGGUUGUGGGGCAGCAAGGCACGCGACUAAGGGUUAAGGAUGCUGACAGAUUGGCCGAAUCGUUUGAGUUCCACCUUGACAACCUGGAGUUCUGUUCAGAUGCUGGAACAGACCAGGUUCCCAACUUAUGAUAUUUCCUCCCCCUCAAGUCCCAGGUCCUCGACAAACGGCGGCGAUGGGAACUGCCGAGGGCCGAAGCGGGUCGUGCCCCCUUCUCUAGAAGAUCACUUAAGCGAUUGCUUAGUUUUACCACUCAGACUCAGGUUCUAUAUAAAAUGCUAAACCAGCACCUCCUUCCAAAAGCAUGCCAACAGAUACCACAGGUCCUAGCUAGGCACAUUCACUUGUACAUAGCAUUUCAUUCCUUUAGCCCUAGCUCGUCGUCAGCCCUCUCGGCCUCUGUCAGCACUUACAUUUUUGCACCGGAAGGAUGCUACAUAGUACUCCCUCUGUUCCGAAAUAUAAGACCUUUUAGAAAUUUGACUAUAGACUACAUACGGAGUAAAAUGAACGAACCUACACUCUAAAAUAUGACUACAUACAUCCGUAUGUGGUAUAUAGUGGAAUCUCUAAAAUGUCUUAUAUUUAGGAACGGAGGGAGUACAUGAUACAUGGGUAUUUUUAUUUCAAAAGGGGAACAUGAUAUCAUACGUUUGGCUGUAAUGUAAUGCACAGUCGAAAGACAAAUGCCAUCUUGGUCUAGAAUGUGAAUAAACUUCUUUCGGCAGCA